UCAUGCUGCUGCCAGGUCCAGAGUGUCUCAUGGGUCCCUGUACGGCCUCCCAUUGCUGCUGUCUCCAUCGCCACACUCUGCCAUGUGCCACUUUCAGGUCUCCUCACACUGCUGGUGUGUUCCAUUUUUUGUCAUAGGGUGCUGGCAGAUUACGGGCCUCCCAUAGCUGCUGCCAGGCCCCUAAUCUGCCAUGGGCCCCUAUACCGCCUCCUCAUGCUGCUGCCAGGUCCAGAGUCUCUCAUGGGUCCCUGUACGGCCUCCCAUUGCUGCUGUCUCCAUCGCCACACUCUGCCAUGUGCCACUUUCAGGUCUCCUCACACUGCUGGUGUGUUCCAUUUUUUG